CUCUUGUAGCGCUGCCGGGUCGCCCUUCGCUUGCUGGAGGAUGGACUGCAUGACUGGGUCUUGCAGUAUGGCCAUGAUCUCCGGGUCCUAUCAAGUUCACGUCAGCAUACGGCAUAUUGUGUGCGGGCACAUUGUUAGGAUACUCACCCUCUGUAUCCGCUCCUGCGUCUGCUCCUCCGAUUCACCCUCUCGCGCGGAGAACUGCGCCUGCAACGCCUUCUGACUCUGCUGCUC